GUGUUAGCCGUCUCUCGGUCGCCGGCUAAUAAAGGACUCUUAAUUUGUCUCAAAGUGUGGCGUUUUUCUAACUCCCUCGGGUACAACAUUUGGAGGCCCCAGCGAGAAUUUUAACGCCACUGGGCGAGAGCCGGUCUCGCUCCAGGCUCCCCCGGAAGGACGGCUGGCUUGUAGGGGGGGUGCCACCUGAAAAAAAGAAUUUUCAGGUUCCCGAAGGGUGACCGUCUUCCGGAGGAGAGCGGAUCGACUACCAUGUGAGUGCCCUAAAACUCAACAUCUGAGUCCUCAGCUUCUGACCCCGGGGUCAGGUUUCCUGGAAAAUCUCCAGGAAAGAGGAAAAACAGAAACAAGCAACACAGGCAGCUGAAAAAGCCACUGACAAAGCAUAUAAAAGACAAGCAGAAAUCUUGGUGACGGCUAUCCAAGAGGGCAAAAAGGAAAGGCCCCCAUUCCAGAAAAAUGGCCAAGGAACCUCGGGUUCCCGCCAGAAAGGUAAAGAAGGUGAACAGGCCCCUCUAGAAAAAGACCAAUGUGCUUAUUGCAAGCAGACUUGGCACUGGAAAAAGGAAUGCCCACUACUGCCACAAGAAAAAUCAGAAAAGAAAAAGGUCCUCACCCUGCCCACAAUGGAGGAGCCUGAUGAUUGACGGGGCCGUGAGAUACUGUCACCUCUGGAUAUUGGGAUUUGCGGAAAUUACAAAGCCCUUGAAUACUGCUACAAGAGGUAGCGGCCCACUGAUUUGGACAGACACCAAAGGACAGGCUUUUCAAAAUCUGAAAAAGGCUUUAACUGAAGCCUCUGCUUUAGCCCUCCCAAAUAGCUCAAAGCCGUUUCACCUGUUUGUCCAUGAGAGCCAGGGAGUUGCUAAGGGGGGGCUUACUCAGACUUUAGGACCUUGGAGACGCCCAGUGGCUUAUUUAUCUAAGAGGCUGAAUCCUGCGGCCUCUGGAUGGCCAAGUUGCCUGCGAGCCAUAGCGGCUACAGCAAGCCUAGUCCAAGAGAGUAAUAAGUUAACUCUGGGCCAGAAUUCAACCCUUAUGGCUCCUCAUGCUGUAGAGACUUUACUACGAAGUGCUUCUGGUAAAUGGAUGUCAAAUGCUCACAUCUUACAAUAUCAGAGUUUACUGUUGGAUCAGCCUCGUUUGACUUUCUCCCCCACGAGGUGUUUAAAUCCUGCCACCCUACUCCCAGAUCCAGAUUCCAAUAUUCCUGCCCAUUACUGUCAGGAACUGUUUAAAACUACUGAAACUGGCCGGCCAGAUCUUCAGGAUGUGCCCCUGGAAAAGGCGGACGCUACCAUGUUCACAGACGGCAGCAGUUUCCUCGAGCAGGGAGUACGAAAGGCCGGUGCAGGUGUUACCACAGAGACAGAUGUGUUGUGGGCUCAGGCUUUACCAGCGAAUACCUCAGCACAGAAAGCUGAAUUGAUCGCCCUCACCCAAGCUCUCCGAUGGGGUAAGCAUAAACGUAUUAACGUUUACACUGACAGCAGGUACGCCUUUGCUACUGUGCAUGUACAUGGAGCCAUCUACCAGGAGCGCGGGCUACUCACCUCAGCAGGAAACGCUAUCAAAAACAGAAGAAUCCCCCGUCUUCAAAGCCUAACAGAUCAAGCAGCUCUCCGGUGCACAACCUGCGCCCAGGUACAAGAUAUCAUUCUGCCACUUGUUCGAGAAGCCCAUCCCAACCCAGUUCCUGACCAGACGGGGCCCUGCCAUUCGUUCCAGCCAGGUGACCUGGUGUUUGUUAAAAAAUUCCAGAGAAAAGGACUCACUUUUGCUUGAAAGGGACCUCACACUGUCAUCCUCACGACGCCAACAGCUCUGAAGGUGGACGGAAUUCCUGCUUGGAUUCAUCACUCCCGCAUCAAAAGGGCCAACAAAGCCCAGAUAAAAACAUGGGUCCCCAAGCCUGGGUUAGGCCCCUUAAAACUGCGCCUAAGUCAGGUAAAGCUGUUAGAUUAAUUCUUUUUAUUUACUUCUCUUGUUUGUUUUCGCCUAUUAUGUCCUCUGCGCCUUCCUACUCCUUCCUCCUCACCUCUUUCACAACAGGACGUGUAUUCGCCAACACCACUUGGAGGGCCAGUACCUCCAAGGAAGUCACCUUUGCAGUCGAUUUAUGUGCACUGUUCCCAGAGCCAGCUCGCACCCAUGAAGAACAACACAACUUACCGGUCAUAGGAGCAGAAAGUGUCGACCUUGCAGCAGGAUUUGGAUACUCUGGGAGCCAAACUGGAUGUGGAAACUCCAAAGGUGCAGAAAAAGGACACCAAAAUGUUGACUUUUACCUCUGUCCUGGAA